AUAAAAGAAUGAUACAAUCUAACUAAUGAGCCAUGCAGAGAAACAUGUGAGGUAGGGCUCAACAAAGGCCCAAAAGGAGCGCGUACUGUGGUCCCUUCAUUUUCGGGGAAAAUAAUAAUUUGUUUUUUUCCAAUAUUCAUACAUAUAUAUUCACUGUUGGGAUUUUCCCGCGCAGAGGAAGGACCAGAAAAGCAUGUCUUGACUCUUCAUUUAUUUUUUUGUCUUCUGGGUAACGAGCCGACGGAAACUACAAUUUUUUCUUUAAAUGGUCAGCUUUGGAACCAUCGACUUGUACAAGCUCAAUUGUCUUAUUUACGCAAACCAACCAUAAAAUAAUAAUUAUCUAAAUUUAAUUUCAUCUUUAUUUUUUGUGGAGCACGUAACCAACAACAACGUUUUAAUAAAAAAAGAUUAAAGAGUGUGGAUAGAUAGAUCUGAAUAUAAUAAAUCGCGUAUUUUGUUUUCAACACACACGGACCAGUGGUUUGGAGUGGAAGCAGCUGACGUGGAGGGUAAUAACGUAAAAUUGUGUUUUUUCGGAGGGUAAAAAGGGAAAGGUAAAGAUACCUCGUAUACAGAGAGAGAGAGGCCAGUGGAGCAGCUUCUUCAUUCCUCACUUUUCUUUUCUUCUCCUUCUCCCGAGGGAAGCGACUCGGUAGACUCGUUCACAUUUCGCGAAUCGAGACGAAGAUAUCCGCACUCCGAUUCGGAUUCUGGACUCUGAUUCUGAAUUAUAGAUUUCUCGAUGGAUUUACAUUCUUCUUCUUCGACGACGGAGAGUUGUAGCGUGAAAGUGGCGGUUAACGUUCGUCCUCUGAUCGGAGACGAGAUAAGUCAGGGUUGCAGGGAAUGCGUUUCCGUUUCUCCGGUAACGCCACAGGUGCAAUUGGGAACACAUUCCUUCACAUUUGAUCACGUUUACGGUGGAAGUAAUGGUUCUCCUUCUUCCUUGAUGUUUGAAGAAUGUGUUGCUCCUCUUGUUCAUGGUUUGUUCCAUGGAUACAAUGCUACUGUGCUCGCUUAUGGUCAGACAGGAUCUGGAAAGACAUACACCAUGGGGACUGCUUUUAAAGACGGUUCAAGCAAUGGGUUGAUUCCUCAAGUUAUGACUUCUCUUUUCAACAAAAUUGAGUCUGUUAAGCACCAAAUGGGUUUCCAGUUACAUGUCUCUUUCAUCGAGAUUCUGAAAGAAGAAGUUCUGGAUUUGCUGGAUAGUGUGAGACUAGCCAAUGGAGCCCCUGGAAAGGUUGGUCUUAGUAAGUCCCCUGUACAGAUCCGCGAAUCGCCAAACGGGGUAAUUACACUAUCUGGUGCAACUGAAGUCUCCAUAGCUACUAAGGAAGAGAUGGCUUCCUGUUUAGAGCAAGGAUCUCUAUCCAGGGCGACUGGGAGCACAAACAUGAAUAAUCAGUCAAGCCGUUCACAUGCCAUCUUCACAAUCACUUUAGAACAGACACGCAAAAUCACUCCCAUCUCAGUGGUUGAAGACACCAUAGAUGAGGAUAUGGGUGAGGAGUAUUCUUGUGCCAAGCUUCAUCUCGUAGAUCUUGCUGGAUCUGAAAGGGCUAAACGGACCGGUUCAGGCGGUGCUCGACUGAAAGAAGGAAUUCACAUCAAUAGAGGACUCCUUGCACUUGGUAAUGUCAUCAGUGCACUUGGAGAUGAGAAAAAGCGAAAAGAAGGUGCUCAUGUUCCCUACCGUGAUAGUAAACUUACUCGGUUAUUGCAGGAUUCUCUUGGUGGAAAUAGUAAAACAGUCAUGAUAGCUUGCAUCAGUCCUGCUGACAUAAAUGCAGAAGAAACACUAAACACGCUCAAAUAUGCAAAUCGUGCUCGGAAUAUCCAGAAUAAACCUGUUGCCAAUAAAGACUUAAUAUGUAGUGAGAUGCAAAAGAUGCGUCAACAGCUACAAAAUCUACAAGCUGCACUAUGUGCUCGUGGGGAAACCCCAUCGAAGGAAGUGCAGGUUAUGAGAAAGAAGAUCAUGAAGCUAGAAUCUGCCAAUGAUGAGCUUUCUCGAGAACUUCUCAUCUAUCGCAGCAAGAGAGGUACUCUUGACUAUUGCAGUAUGAAUACACUGGAAGAUGGUGCAAGUCUUACAAAAGAUGAUGGUCUCAAAAGAGGAUUCGAAAGUAUGGAUUCAGAUUAUAAAAUGAGCGAAGCAACAUCAGGUGGAAUCUCUGAAGAUAUAGAUGGAGCAGCUAAAGAGUGGGAACAUGCUCUUAGGCAGAAUAACAUGGGCAACGAAUUAAGUGAACUGAGCAAACGUCUGGAGGAGAAAGAGUCCGAGAUGAAAAUAUGUGGGGCUGGAACUGAAAUUAUCAGACAACACUUUGAGAAGAAAAUGAUGGAACUUGAGAAAGAGAAGAGAACUGUACAGGUUGAGAGAGAUCUAUUGUUGGAUGAAGUUGAGAAACUUGCUGCUAGUUCUGAUAGACAAGCACAAGUUGCAAGAGACAGCCAUGCACAAAAAUUAAAAGCACUCGAGACACAGAUUUCAAAUCUUAAGAAGAAACAAGAAAAUCAAGUUGAGGCCUUGAAACAAAAACAGAAAAGUGAAGAUGCAGCAAAGCGUUUACAAGCUGAAAUACAAUGCAUUAAGGCUCAGAAGGUUCAGUUACAGCAUAAGAUGAAACAAGAAGCUGAUCAAUUCCGACAAUGGAAAGCUUCUCAAGAAAAGGAAUUAUUGCAGCUCAAGAAAGAAGGAAGGAAGACAGAGCAUGAAAGACUAAAACUGGAAGCCCUCAAUCGACGUCAAAAAAUGGUUCUUCAUAGAAAAACAGAGGAAGCAGCAAUGGCUACCAAGAGACUUAAGGAGCUGCUGGAAUCUCGCAAGUCAUCAGUGGCUGGCAAUGGUCAACCACCAACUAAAAAGGUAAGAAAAUCUCCUAAUUUAGAUAUGGAGAUCUCACCAUCCAGCCAAGUGUCAACUGUUUCCUUUUCAUACUCUUUGCAGGUGAAAGAAAAAACUCUUCAGAGAUGGCUUGAUAACGAGCUAGAGGUUAUGACAAAAGUACAUCAAGUUCGUUCCCAAUAUGAAAAGCAAAUCCAAGUACGAGCUGCAUUGGCUGAAGAGUUAACCUCCUUGAAAAGAGAAAUGGACUUCGCUUCAAGUCCCCAUCAAGAGAAAAAUGGACAGUUCAGAUUUUUAUCACCAAAAACAAGAUUGGAGAGAAUAGCAACUCUUGAGAGCAUGUUGGACGUUUCCUCAAAUGCUCUCACAGCCAUGGCCUCUCAGCUCUCAGAAGCAGAGGAAAGAGAGCAUAGCCUACACACCAAGACUCGGUGGAACUCCAUUAAGUCCAUGACUGAUGCCAAAUGUUUGCUUCAAUAUGUGUUUAAUUCCACUGCCGAAGCAAGGUGCAAAAUCUGGGAGAAAGACAUGGACAUCAAAGAGAAGAAGGAACAGCUAAAUGAUCUCCUCUGCUUAUUACAACUAUCUGAAGUCCAGAACCGAGAGAUACUUAAAGAGAAAAAGACAAGAGAACAUACAUUGUCCAUUGCGCUGGCUUCGUCAUCACCAUCCUCGGUGACUUCAAGAAGCUCAUCAAAGCACUAUGGAGAUAACAACGCUAGCAACCAAUCGUCUCCACCUUCGUACCAUCGAGCAGCAAAGCAUCUCAAAUACGCUGCGCCAGGUGCAGUAAAUGUAUCGGUGAGAGAAUCAGCGGCUUUAUUAGAAGAGAAGAGAAAGAUGAAAGCGAUGAAGAAAAUGGGACAGAGUGGGAAGCUGUGGAAGUGGAAGAGAAGUCAUCAUCAAUGGCUGCUUCAGUUUAAAUGGAAAUGGCAGAAACCAUGGAAACUCUCUGAGUGGAUUAAGCAUAACGAUGAGACCACUAUGCUCUUCAUGUCUAAGAAUCAUCAUAAUGAUGGUGAUGAUUACUCGUGGAGCCGCCGACACUGAGUUUUGCAAUGUGCUUAAAUAUGGGGUUAACUUGACUCGUGAUACAUCUGUAUAUACACAAACGAGCCUUUUGUUUCUCUUUUUGUUGAUAGAUUUAGAGUUGGUCGUUUGGGUUGUAGCAGAAAUUGUUCUUUACACUUUCAAAUAUUCUCUUUCCCUCUCAGAAAUUAAACUUUCAGAAGAAGCGUAA